ACCACAUGUAUGGUCUUCACAGUAUACCUUCAAGUGCCCUUUAAAAGUUAUACAUUCAACACUUGGAAACAUCUUAAAGAAAGAAACAGUUUCAGUCAACAGUUCUAAGUGGGAAUUAAUGGUAGGUGGAGAAUAGUGGGUUUCAGUUGACAUGAUACGUGUGGCGCAUGUCUCAUCUUCCCAUGCAUGACUCUCUGGCUCUGAAGACAAACAUCAGUCACUGGGAACUGAAAGAAUGUCCUCCAGGGAUUUGACAUUUGGAAUGAUUUUCUUAUUGCAGACUACAGUUGGUGUCUUGGGGAACUUUUCUCUUCUUUUCUGGUAUAUCUUCCUUUACUUCACUGAAUGCAAGUCAAGGUCCACAAACUUGAUUGUCCUGCACCUGACUGUAGCCAACUGUAUGGUCAUUCUGGCUAAAGGAAUCCCCCAGACUAUGGCAGCCUUGGGGUGGAAAGAUUUCCCCAAUGAUUUUGGAUGCAAAUUUCUUUUCUAUGUUCACAGAGUGGGAAGGGGAGUGUCCAUUGGCAGCACCUGCCUCUUGAGUAUCUUCCAGGCCAUCACCAUCAGCCCCAGGAACUCCAGGUGGGGAAAGCUUAAGGUAAAAGCUUCCAAGUACAUUGGCUUCUUCCUUUUCCUUUGCUGGAUCCUGCACAUGCUGGUAAAUACCAGUUUUUCUAUGUUUCUGACUAGCAACUGGAGCAAAAAGAAUGUUACAAACAAAAAAGACUAUGGAUACUGUUCUUCUGUGCGUCAUGGCAAAGCCUCAGACUCGCUGUAUGCAUUAUUGUUAGCAUUCCCUGAUGUUGUAUCUUUGGGACUCAUGCUGUGGUUCAGCAGCUCCAUAGUUUACAUCCUGCAGAGACACAAACAGCGGGUCCAACAUAUUCAUAUGAACAGUGUCUCCCCCAGAUGCUCCCCUGAGACCAGAGCCACCCAAACCAUCCUUGUCCUGGAGAGCACAUUUGUAUGUUUCUACACCUGCUCUGUCAUCUUUCAAGUUUUUGUGUCUGUUAUGUAUCAUCCCAGUCCGUGGCUGAUGAACUUGGCUGCACUAACUGCUGGAUGUUUCCCAACUGUGAGCCCCUUUGUUCUCAUCACUCAUGACUCCAGUGUCUCCAGGCUCUGCUUUGCCUGGAUAAGGAAGACAAUAUCCCCUCAUCUUAUCAGAAACACCUAAUUGUAUGUUUUUGUGCAAGGUUCGGUUGUUUGUUUAUUCAUCACACAGAAUCCAAGCACAUAUGAAACAGUCAUGUUACAAGAGAGCAGAGGUACACACACACACAUAUGCACGUAUUUGCAUAUAUAUAAAUGUGUGUAUGUGGGUGUGUAUACAUAUUGGCCAGUUUAUGUUUCUAAUUAAUCAAGCAAUCACAUUGGUAAAUUCCCAGUAAGAAAUGUAAAAAUGAUACUAAUCAUAACAAUUAUAAACUGGUUGACCCCUAAUGUCGAUGUUAUCU